UUUAGGUGAUGUGUAAUUGAGAAAUCAGAAUCAUUUGAAGUACUCUAAAGAUACAGAGAAUAUAAUUUUCAAGCCUUGAGUUAUUAAGAACUUUUCAGACUGGCAUGCAUGAUGAAGACCUGACACACAGUUAUAAAGGAAUAACUGGGUUGUACACAAAGGUACUUAGAGUUGUUCUAAAUACAGUGUUAUACAAUCUGCCUACCAAUAAAGCCAGGAAAAAGGGAAGGAUGAAUGAAAAGGGUAGAAAAUUCAAGAAAACGAAAUCCUCAUCUUCCAUAAUAGAAAUGUCGGCUGAAAUUUGGAGGCAAAUAACUGGAGUAGGUUUGUUCCUAUACCUUGGCAAGUCACCGGCUUGCUGGGAACAGGACUUCUAAAAGGAACUAUGUCUAGAAGGCUGUGGUCCAAGGCUAUUUUUGCUGGCUGUAAGCAGGGUCUUCAGAACCUAAGGGAGCACACAGCUCUUCUUAAAAUUGAAGGUGUUUAUGCCCAAGAUGAAACGGAAUUCUAUUUGGGCAAGAGAUGUGCAUAUGUAUACAAAGCAAAGAACAACACAGUGACUCCUGGCAGCAAACCAAACAAAACCAGAGUAAUCUGGGGAAAGGCCUAUGGAAACAGUGGCACGGUUCAUGCUAAAUUCCAAAGCAACCUUCCUGCUAAGGCUAUUGGACACAAAAUCUGAGUGAGGCUUACCCCUCAAGGAUUUAAACGAAUGAAAACUCAAUAAAUAAAUGUGGAUUCGUGCACUUAUAAAAAAAAAGAAAGAAAGAAAUGUCUAAAACUGAAAAGAUUAAGA